CACAAUGUCAUUGUCCGAUGAAAUAUUAUUGUCUUGGUUAAUUGGUUAUUUAUUUUAGAAUGGAAUAUUAAUAAAGAUAAGAUUUGAGUAUAAUCCAAUCAUUCUUGAACUUAGGCAAGUCCAUUAUCUUUUUAAUUAAAGUUGUUCUACAAUCCCAAAGUACCUCUAAUGGAAGGCAACUCGGAACUUUCAGAUCCCAAUAAUUUUAGUCCUUUCAAUGUUCAGGACGUAGAUGUAGACUUUUUACCGAUUGUUUACGAAAUCAUACGAAGUGUUGAACGGGAUUUCCACGACAACUCUGCUAAAGCGCGCGAAUCCCAGGAUUGCAGUCAAAAAGUAUUGGAAUUGCAAAAAAAGUUUGACAUUGCAAGGUCCCAGAUCAAACGUCUCCCUGGUAUUGAGUACAAUAAGCAAGACCAAUUGAAGCAAUUUGAAAUACUUAGAACUCAGCUGCGACUGAAGCGUGAACUCUUGCAGAAGUAUAGGAACAUGUGUUCAUUUGAAACAUCAUUCAAGUGAGUUAUACAAGAUGCCACUCCGAGCUCUGCUUAAAUACUUAGCUAACAAUGAACGAUUAGUUCAAAGGCUUGCAGAAUCAUAUCCAGUGAGA